AUGUCGCGUUCUAACGGAUUGGCUCCCAAAGUCUGCGACGCCUGCUUCAAAGACUUCACGCCAGGGGUCAAGCCGAAAAAAUGUAGCGCGUGCGGCAACGCAUUCUACUGCUCGAAAGAGUGCCAAAAACACGCAUGGAAAGUGCACAGGAUCCCGUGCAAGAGACAGUCUGAAGCGGUCAGGAAUCUCGAUGAGGAUGAGCGGAAAGGAUACAGAGCGGUGGCGAAAGUGAUCACGAAGUGGGGAGACGCUUGGAAGUUCAUCUUCAUGGGUCUUGCGCCGUACAUACUGAACCUACCGGAGAAGGGCCCUAAAGUCCUACAAGAUAAUUGCAUCGUGAUGUACCUGGAAAGGCGGCCAGACGCAUUCAACGACGCCACAGCUUAUCAGCUACACCACGGAAAGGUCUUCCAGAUCGAUGAAUGGUGCGAUAAAGAGAUGCCUAAGCUUGAAUUCGAUAAAGAGGGCAUCGAGAUGUUCAGAAGAGGAAGUCCUUCGCCAGACUUUGACCCUGCCACAACCGAGUACACAUGCGCGCGGUUUGCCUUUUGUCACGGCCCCGGCUUUCAGUAUUGUCGGCUUUCUAUCCUCCCCAUUGGCAAGGAAGUCGACAAGGACACCGAAAAGGAGAUGCGGCCGAUGUACACGGCGAUGAAGACGUCCGGAUGGGAUGUCGUCCUGAAACGUGUGAUUGACACCGGGAUGGACCCGGAUCGUUGGGACGCUUUGGAAGACGAUUUUGGCGACGCAGAAGACGCAAGCUGUAUAGUGUGCUGA